GCGCUGCUCGCCAUGGAGGGACCGCGCCGCAGCUGCCUUCUCCUCCUCCUCUGCCUGCUCCCACCACCGGGCAUCCCAGGCCCACCGCCGCCUCUGGAGGAACCUCGGGAGCUGCUGCUGCCGCCACCGUCCAGCACCGCUGACCCCACCGUCCACCUGCUGCGCGGCCACCCCUCGGCCCCGGUGCGGCCCUACAGCCUGUCGCUCUCCCCCGAGGAUUAUCGCUACGCCCCCAAACCCCGGCACCUGCGCCCCGGGCGGCUGCGCCGGCUCCUGGGCUCGGCCUUCGACCCCUUCUGGAUGGCGACCGAGGAGCCCCGCGGUCGCAACGGGAGCAUCCUCGAGGAGAACCUGGAAUCCCUGAGCAGGGAGCUGGCCGAGGGUGCCGGGCGGUAUCACCGCAAGCUGUGGCGAGAGGCGGAGGGGCUGGAGCUGCCCCCAGAGCUAGCGGGGGCCCUGGCCCGCCGCCUGCGGCAGUGGCUGGUGGAACGGGCCGCCUGCCGCCUCACCGCCGCCUGGGUGGACCUGGGACCCGUCUUCUGGCCCCGCUGGGUGCGCCACACCACUUGCGAGACCGGGUCCCCCGGCUGCUCCUGGCCCCCCGGCAUGAGCUGCCGGCCCGCACAGCUCACCCGCAUCAAGCUGCUGGCCUGGCACUGCUGGACCCCGCAGCACCCCGGGCCCCCAAACUGCACCUGGCGGCAGAUCCCCUACCCCGUCGUGGCCGCCUGCAAGUGCUCCUGCCGCUGAGGGGGCUGCGGGGGCUCCGGAGGUGCCUCCCGGUGCCUGUUCUUGCGGCCAAAAGGCUUGAGAAAACUCAAACGUCUGCCUGGACUCACCCUCGGAGCUGGGGGAAAACCCCCCAGAGAGAAAUAAACCUCCAGGAAGGAAGUGGG